AAUGCUUGACCUAUUUGAGCUUAGAAAGAGAGCUCUGAUUUGUUUUACCUCUGAGUGACCUGCAGUUCGGUCUCCUGCUAGUGCUGUCCACAUGUCAACUAAACUCGAAUAACGAGCGUAUGUUGUGGAGUUUUACUGCUCAUCACAGAAUGAGGCUUGCGGCGUUGUUUUGCAGCCCGAUGACGUCCUACGUCGGAGGCAGGUCUCGUUCACCCGUGUCCGAAAUACCACAUUCCCCAUCCGACCGUCAUCAUGCCACCAAGAACCACAACUACCACUACCACUACAGCUACUACUACUUCCACAUCAACGACUACUUCUUCGUCUACUACCACCACAACCACUACAACUACCACCACAACAACCACUACAACUACCACUACUACCACAACAACCACCAGCACUACCACUACGACUACCACUACUACCACCACGACUACCACCACGACAACCACUACAACUACCACGACAACCACUACAACUACCACCACAACCACUACAACUACCACAACAACAACCACUACAACUACCACCACAACAACCACUACUACCACUACUACUACCACCACGACCACCACUACAACUACCACCACAACCACUACGACUACCACCACAACAACCACUACUACCACUACUACUACCACCACAACAACCACUACAACUACCACCACAACAACCACUACAACUACCACCACAACCACUACAACUACCACGACUACCACCACAACAACCACUACUCCUACUCCAUCCACUCCAUCCACUCCAGUCACCCCAAAAGGAACGCCGAAAUUAUUCAGCAUGUCAGGGAUCCUCAGGGACAGGUAAAGCUCGAAGAUUACUGGAACAAGAACAUCUACCACCACGCCGUCCUUGACUUGGAAGUCAAGCCCUGGGAAAACCUAAACAUCGAGAGUGAAGUUCGGGCGGCGUUCGACUUAUUGAAGGAGCUGAGAGACUGGCAGCAAAGAGUGAACGCGAGUCGCCCCAAGCCCGGCGCACCCCAUGGUGGCUUCGUAAUCCUGGGCAUCCGAAUAUGGCCGGCCAAUAAGACGCCCUUCCUCGGAAAUGUCACGCAUCAGAUGGAGCGGUUCCUAGUGGACGGCUUCCUUCCGUGGACUCACUUCACGGAGGACGAGUUCACCGCCAGAUACCCGCAGUGCGUCAUCACGGGAGCGUCGCCACUCAUGGACGUCAACAACAACAACACCCUGGACAUGUACCAGGUGCUGGACUGGGUGAACAGCAGCACGACGUGGAACUAUUACCCUUCGCUCGCCAUUUCGGUGUCGAUGUGCACGCGCAUCUACAAGACCAGCACGGGGAUGGACGCAGAGUACGGCGACCCGUGCGAGGACAACGCCACUCCGCCCGGCCCGUCUGCCGCGUAUUGCGGCGACGCCAAGAAGUACUACCACGCUUUCCUUAUUCACCAACCAGACGUGGCAGCAUACUCCUAUAAUAACAACUUCAGCGCUCUCAUCACGACCUUUGAAGUGCAGUCAGCUGUUACGGAAAAGCUGUGCAACGUCAAGCACCGGUACGAGAGCUUGGAUAUCAGCUUGGCGCUCUUCGACAUCGAGUGCGAAGACUGGGCGAACGCGUGCACCGGCACAGACUCGAACGUGGUCGGAGGCAGGAGCAGGAUCCGCGCCAUCCACCUGUACAGUUCUGGCACGACGCUCGAAAAGCUGAAAGCGCGGCCCGACCCCGGCUGCCCGUGAAAGGACGUUUGCCCGUGCAGCGAACAAUAUUAUCCACAUG